UGUGGAGAUUCAGAUGACGCAGGAGCAGUACAUCCUGGCAGCACAGCCCAACCCCCUCCACCAGCGGGGGACGUCGGUGUGCGGGACGCAGGUGUACCCUACGGUGGGCAUCUAUGGUUGGAGGAAAAGAUGCUUAUACUUCUUCAUCCUGCUCCUCCUCGUCACCAUGAUCGUCAACCUGGCCCUGACCAUCUGGAUCCUCAAAGUCAUGAACUUCACUCCGGAUGGCAUGGGGAACCUCAGAGUGACUAAAGACGGAGUGCGGCUGGAGGGAGUGUCUCAGUUCCUGUCCCCUCUGUAUGUCCAGGAGAUCUGGUCUCGUGGGGACAGUCCAUUGAUCCUCCAGUCGGACCGUAAUGUAACAGUCAAUGCCAGGAACGGUGAGGGACAGCUGACCGGACAGCUCACCAUCGGGUCAGAGAUGGUGGAAGCGCAGUGUCAGAGGUUUGAAGUGAGAAGCGCUGAUGGAGAAAGAGUGCUGUUCUCUGCGGAUGAAGAGGAAAUCAGCAUCGGCACGGAGAAGCUACGAGUCACAGGGAAUGAAGGAGUAGUGUUCAGUCAUUCAGUGGAGACGUCACAUGUUCGAGCCGAGCCGUUUCAGGAUCUAAAGCUGGAAUCCCCCACUCGGACCCUGACCCUGGAGGCGCCCAGAGGAGUGGAGAUCAAUGCGGGCGUUGGGGACUUCACAGCGUCCUGUAGAAAAGAUCUCCUGCUGCAGUCGUCAGAUGGAGAGAUCCUCCUAGAUGCCAACACAAUCAGACUGGGCAGUAUCCCUCUGGGCAGUGCGGUGGAUCCCCUGGAGGGGGCGCCAGCAGGCACCACUUACACCAAACAGACUGUGUAUGAGCUGUGCUCCUGUGCCAACGGCAAACUCUACCUGUCCCCAGCGGAGAAAGGGUCAACAUGUCAGACCACCAGUAACUUUUGUCUUUGGAGCUGAAACUGACCCAACAACUGCCCAACGUCUGGGACAUGUGGAAGCUACUGCUAGCCAAUGAACACAAUCAGCACGGAUGCUGGUUUGAUGCAAAGCAAAUGAGGCUCAUGUCUGUAAUGACACACGCAGAUCACAAAGUGUUUGCUAAGAGACCAAAUCUCAAAGGAUCAAGCUUUUUGUUGAGCUAGCUCCAGCUGAAGGACUCAACGUGGACUAGAGCGGGGCAGUGUGCCAGCUCAAUGAGGAAAUAAUCUCUGGACUGGUCUAAAGCUUGUGCUAGUGCUUUUGGAAAAGAAAGGGUCAACAAAUUCAGGCAAUGAUGGAAAGUACAGAGUGGACACAGUGCAUUUUGUCACUCUCCAGGUUUCAUGUUGUUACUGCUGCCAUGACGGUUCAUGGGAGCCCCAGCAAAGUUUGUGCAAAAACAACAGUGAAUUACCCCGCAAUAAAAAAUACAUGUAGUGUUUGCCAUAUGACUAAGAUGUGCUGGAAACGACCCAUCUAAAGGUCUGAGGGGUUCAGAUGUGCAUUAAACUAUUAUUGUCCAGUGACUGAGGGCUGUGGUUCAACCUGGCAGUAAGUGAAAGUGAACUUGGUUUAGCCUGUAGGCGCAAGUUAGGAUUCGCUAAUGGACCAAUCUAUACCAGAAUGGCCUUCCCCUGCUUAACAUCAUUACCACCUACACAAGUCAUUCAUCACCUUCUUGCUUUUCUUUCACUAUACCUUACCUGAAAUAAUUAGCCUUUUGUUUUGCUACGUUACAUGAAAUCACUGACGUCAUCACAACACAUUAUGUAAUUUCUCUAUCUAGUUCAUACUUCUAAUGCUAUGUUGUUUCUUGCGUUCAUUUGAGCCCUUUUCAUCUUUCUGCUGCUUUUUCUAUGCCCCAAUUACUCAGUACAUUACGAUUCCUGCUGAACACUUAAACUUAGCCACAAGAUUUGGAAAAGCCCUUUUGGUUUUACAAUAGCACACUUUACUUUAGCAAUUGUCAAAACAAAUAAACUGGCACCUGCGUUUUGAAAAGGCAGGUGUUCUACAUUCAAACGCUCUGUAAAGCCAUAAAUUGUGUGCGAAAUAGAGUGUUAAUGUUACAGAUGGUAAGAACUCAAAAUAUAGGAGGUUGUUAUGGCAGAGGAGGAUGUAUCGGGAGCUUUGCUUGUUAGCGAUCCUGUUAAUUAUCAUCUGUCAGAUCUCAGAAUCUGACGGGCAAAGCAAAAAUAUAACAUUACGUGAAGUGUUUAAAAAGUGCGGGGUGAAAAUAAAGGUUUAUUCAGGGGUGGAUGGUGGCAAAUUGUAUGAAAUGGAAAAGAACUCCGUAGUACACAGAAGCUUGUUGACCUGGACUCGCAUACAAAUGAACAGUGAAGCCAAUCUCCAUAAUAGAAUAUACAAAAUGUUUAUUUCAUGAUAUUUAUGUCAUUUAUUUUGCCUCCUCACAAGUAACAUGUAAAAGAGGAUAUUUUGUCUUGCUUAUCAGAAACACACUAAAAUCUCAACUGAAAAUCUGUUAGCUGUUUUCGCUCAGGUGCUAGUUUCAUGCUAACUAUGAUCUAAAAUAAAAUACAUGAUCUCUUAUGAAUGUGGUCGAUGGGUUGGUACCAGCUGACACCCUCUGGAUUAUUCAUAAUUUACUAAUGCUAAAGACUAUAAGUGAAAAUAUAGAAAAACUGAGCUUUCUGUAUUUUGGGAAGUGGAUGAAAAGUCCUCUUUGGCAGCCCUGGAGUCCAAUUUACACAGCCCCCAACAGCAGUGCUUGGUUCCUUCAUGUUUCAACAUUUUGAAGCUUGUGAAAAAACAAGUAAAACAUUUUUGGAAGUACCUUAAUCCACAUGCAACCCUAUGGGACUAGCGAUUGUUUGUCUUGAUGUGACGUAACGAUGUGACAUUCCAAUUUAUUUUUAGCAACUGUGAAAGCGCUCUUGGUUAAAAACCUGCUUCCGUAUGUCCCUUGAGUCUGCCACUGAAAGGCUCUUAAAAAUAUUCAUUGCGGUAAUCUGAGGCCAAUUUCCAUCUUACUUUGGGGCAAUACACUUCAAUCUUUUGUCCAAAUUUGUCUUUUUGAUUUAGUUAUAGCCUCAUUGUCCCAUCCAACCUUGACAUAAUUUCAAUCUGAACAUCAUCAAAUAUAAUAUCUACGAUCAGUCUUCUUGGAUGAGUGACCGAAUUCAAUCACGCUAUUCUGUAUGAAACCAGCGAUGUUUGCGUGGCUUUCUCCCCUGGAUGAAACACUGGACAAAUGCAGUUAGAUCAUAAUUGAAUCUCGUGGACACAGGCCCUGAGGCGAACUGUCUUUUUUAAAACAAAGCGAAACACAGGUGCCUUUGCUGAUGUUGGUAAAAGCACAUCACCGUUUGGACAUUCUCACACCCCUCAGUGGACCGUUUGCAACUCUCCGGACUCUCUCUCUUUUUACAAUCUACCUAUCUGUUCGUUUUGAGGUCCUAUACCUUC